AUGUCCGACCCCGAGGCAUCCGCCUGGACAUGCUUGGAGGCGCUCCGCACUCAAGCACGAACAAAGGUCCACUCACCUAUCAAAGGCAAGAUGGUAGCGGCCGCAUAUUCCCAGAAGUCAUGCGGCAAAGGAGGAGAUAAGCUUCGGCGUGACAAUUGGCUGCGCAUUGAAGAAAUCGAAAAGUAG